AUGCUUAUCUGUGGUUUCCAUUCACACCCAGCUCAGCAACUACAGCAACAAAUGGUACUGGGUCAGGAUGGCUGGAGUGUGACUUACACCCCUCAGAGUAUCUGUACCUUGAAGGGGUCAACAGUGGAGAUGUCCUGCUCUUACACAUAUCCCAGUGGUACAGUCACAAAAACCCUCUGGUUCACUAAAUGGGGGACUGGUGUAGAACCUGAAUAUCUAGGACAGGAGCCAGAGUAUGCAGGUCGUCUGGAGUAUCAGGGGGAUAAGAAGAAAGACUGUACCCUGAGAAUCACAGACCUGAGAGAGAGAGACUCAGCUACGUACAGGUUCAGAUUACUAACAGAUCAGGAAGGAGGGACAUAUACUGGCAAACUUGGAGUGACUUUGUCUGUCACAGGUCUUCAGGUGAAGGUGACUGGUGGACAUCAGGAUAAGACACUGACCUGUAUCACCACCUGUACUCUGACUGACAACCCCACCUACAUCUGGUACAAGAACGGACAACGUCUAAAUAAGCCCACUUCCCAUCAAUACUCUGUCAAUAGUUAUUAUUCAGACAGUUACUCCUGUGCUGUAAAAGGCCAUGAGGAUCACCACUCUCCUGCAGUGUGUGUUGUGGGUGAGAGCUGUAUGAAUGUGACUUACACCCAUCAGAGUAUCUGUGCUUUGAAAGGGUCAACAGUGGACAUAUCCUGCUUUUACACACAUCCCAGUUGGCAUAACGUCACAAAAGUAUCCUGGUUCAGCAAAUGGGAGACUGGAGUAACUAAAGACCUGAUCCAGGACUCAGAGUAUGCAAGUCGUGUGGAACACCAUCGACAAACAGAAAAGGACUCCASCCUGAGAAUCACAGACCUGAAAGAGAGUGAUUCAACUGAGUACAGAUUCAGAUUUACAACUGAUAAGACCAGAUGGGGGUACAGCUUCCCAGGAACAACUCUGACUGUCACAGGUCUGCAGGUGAAGGUGUCUCCUGCUGCAGAGGGACAGAAGACACUGACCUGUAGCACCACCUGUACUCUGACUGACAACCCCACCUACAUUUGGUACAAGAAUGGACAAUGUCUAGAUGAGCCCACUUCCCAACAAUACUCUAGUAAUACCCUAGUAGUGUUGGGUCAUUCUGUGGACAGUUACUCCUGUGCUGUAGAACACCAUGAGGCCCUCCACUCUCCUGCAGUGUAUGCUCCAAAGAACACCUCAGUGUCAAAGAAUGUAWYCUCAMCAAAAGCAUCAGGACAGAGUUACAGCAUCACUAACAUCAGCUCUGAGGACAGAGGAGAAUACUACUGUGAGGCCCAGAAUGGAAGAGGAUCUAUGAACUCUACAGCUCUGAUGAUCAUUGUAGAAGGGAAACAGACCUCAGUUCUGACUGCAGCUGUAGGAAUCACAGUGGUUGUUCUGGUUCUCAUCCUCUGUCUCUCUGGACUCAUGUGGUUCAGGAAGAAAGCCUCCAAAUCCACCUCUGACACAAAAGAUACAGCAGACGAUAGACAGGGAGACUCUAGUCCAGUGUAUGACAACAUCUCAGGCAUGGUCAUGACCUCUACUGCAGCACAGACAGCAGCCACAGACGACCAGGAUGAUGUUCACUACGCCAGCGUCCACUUCUCUCGUUCCAAAAACCAGGAAGUGCCUCUGUACUCCACCGUCCAAGUGCCUCAGCCCCAGAAAGAGGAUGAGGAUGUCCAGUACGCUGCUCUGAAAUUCAACCUCCCAGUGCUGCCACCCGCAGCACAAGCAGCUGAGGAGGAAUCCUCUGUUCUCUACAGUACAGUCAACAAACCCUGAACCAAGAAGACCCGAACACAACAAACCCAGAACCAAGAAGACCUGAACACAAUAAACCCAGAACCAAGAAGACCUGAACACAACAGACCCAGAAAGAAGAAGACCUGAACAGAACAAGUUUGACAAAAACCUUGUAUAUCUUGACCUGUAUAUUUAAACUAAGUGAUAUAAUG